CAGCACCACUACAUAUGUACACAACACUCACCUCUGCAAAGAGCCACACAUCCAUUUCAGCUGAUUCUCCUCAGGCAGCGCAAACAUGAUCAAGAAUCUUCCACGCCCAGACUCUUCUUGUCCCGCAGAAAGGAGGAUCGUACUACUGGGGAAAACAGGAAAUGGGAAGAGCAGCACAGGAAACACCAUCCUGGGAGGAGAAAUAUUUAACGAGGAUUUCUGCAGCACCUCAGUGACACGAAGAUGUGAGAGUGUGUCGAGAGCAAUGAAUGGAAAAGCUUACACUAUCAUUGACACCCCUGGAUUCUUUGACACAGAGCUCUCUGAGGAGGAGAUAAAGAGAGAGAUUGUGAGGUGCAUCUCUCUCUCGGCCCCAGGUCCACAUGCCUUCCUGCUGGUGCAAAAAGUAGACAGAUACACAGAGGAGGACAUGGGAACUGUGAGGAAAAUUGAAAAGCAGUUUGGGGAGGAAGCCCUGAAGUUCACCAUCGUCCUGUUCACAAGAGGUGACAGUCUCCGGAAUAAACCCGUAGAGCACUUCAUCAAGGACAACGAGCACCUGAAGGCGCUUGUUCAGAAAUGUGGAGGAAGAUAUCAUGUCUUCAACAACCAAGAGAGGAGCGAUCGCUCUCAGGUCGCCGAGCUCAUGCAGAAGGUGGAGGCCAUGCUGGAGAGGAACGGACACAGCUGCUACACUAACGAGAUGUAUGCUGAGGCAGCUAAAGCCAUCAGACAGGAGCAGGAGAGGAUCGUGAUGGAGAAAUACGGCUCAGUAGCGGGCCGUGAAGCUGAGCUGGCUGCAGCCAGAAAGGAGGCAACAGAAGCGUUUGUUAAGAAGGUCUUAAACGUAGCAGUGGGCGUUACAGUUGGGGUGCUCCUUGGUGCAUUGAUUGGAACGGGAUUUGGAAUAGCUCUCAUACCCAUAAUAAGCGCAGUAGUACCCUGUAGUGUAAUGACCGCAGGGGCAGCAGCAUUUAGCGUUGCAGUCGGGGCAGUGGGAGGGGGAGCUGUAGGAGGGAGAGCCGCUGAGUGCGCAGACGGGCCGCAAGACGCAGCUGUCAGGUCCAGAGAGGCGGUGGUUUCAAUCGGGAAACAGGUGGCAGAAGGUACGAGACAAAUAAAACACAAAGCAGGAAAGGAUGGGGAUCUGGAGAAGACAUGA